AUGGCAUCUCUACACGAACUAAUACCAGUGGUGAAUAAGCUCCAAGAUAUCGUCACCAAUACCUCUUUGACUGAUCUCGACUUGCCAUUAUUGACUGUGAUUGGCUCCCAAUCGGCAGGUAAGUCAUCGGUCCUGGAGAACAUCGUGGGCAAAGAUUUCUUGCCAAGAGGCACGGGCAUUGUCACAAGAAGACCCUUAGUCUUGCAACUUAUUCACAUCACGGGCGAUGAUCCACUUUUGUCUAGGACAGAUUAUGUUUCAGAUGAAACGAAUGAUCCUAACGAGAUGACGCUAGAACAGCAUUUGAAAAAUCAGACAAGCUCUUCAUCGCAGUUGGAGAACACCUCCACCUCUGCACCGAUUGCAGAGUGGGGGGAAUUCUUGCAUAUUCCAGGUAAAAGAUUCUAUAAUUUUGAUAACAUUAGAAAAGAAAUUGAGAAUGAAACCUCUAGAAUUGCUGGUAAGAAUAAAGGUGUCAGUAGAAUCCCAAUAAACUUGAAAAUCUACUCACCAAACGUGUUAAACCUUACCCUUGUGGAUUUACCUGGUUUGACAAAAAUUCCUAUUGCGGACCAGCCAGUUGACAUUGAAAGACAAAUCAAGAAUUUGCUAUUAGAGUACAUUUCGAAACCAAACUCGAUUAUUCUAGCCGUCACUCCUGCAAACCAGGAUUUGGUUAACUCAGAAGCAUUAAAGUUGGCAAGACAAGUUGAUCCGCAGGGUAAGAGAACCAUUGGAAUCUUGUCCAAAUUGGACUUGAUGGAUCACGGCACAAAUGCCUUGGAUAUUUUAACUGGUAAAGUUUAUCCGUUAAAAUUGGGAUUUAUUGGUGUUGUGAACAGAUCACAACAAGAUAUUAUGACUAGAAAAUCCUUGGAAGAGUCUUUGGCUGCAGAAAUGGAAUUUUUCAAUAGUCAUCCUGCUUAUAGAAGUGUCGCUUCUAGAUGUGGUACCGAAUACUUGGCAAAGACGUUGAACAAAACAUUAAUGAAUCACAUUAGAGAAAGGCUACCGGAUAUUAAGGCAAAGUUGAACACUCUAAUGGGACAAACAGAGCAAGAGCUAGCUUCUUAUGGUAAUCUAAAUGUCGUUUCUAAAGAAAAUAGAGGAGGCUUGAUUUUGCAACUGAUGAAUAAGUUUGCAAAUAAUUUCAUUAAUUCUAUUGAGGGUAAUUCCAGUGAAAUUUCAACCAAGGAGUUGUGUGGUGGUGCCAGAAUCUACUAUAUUUACAAUGAAGUUUUGGGAAACUCUAUGAACUCUAUCAAUCCUCUACAUAAUUUAACUGUCACCGAUAUUAGAACUGCGAUCAGAAAUUCAACUGGUCCAAGAGCCUCCUUGUUUGUUCCUGAGUUAGCUUUUGACUUAUUGGUGAAACCUCAGAUCCAAUUACUCGAAGGACCAUCACAUAGAUGUGUUGAAUUGGUUUACGAAGAAUUGAUGAAGAUCUGUCAUAACUGUGGUAACCAAGAACUAUCCAGAUACCCUAAGUUGCAUGCCAAACUGAUUGAGGUUGUUUCUGAACUAUUGAGGGAGAGACUAGGCCCAACAACUAAAUAUGUUGAAAGUCUAAUUGAAAUCAAUCGUGCCUAUAUUAAUACCAAUCAUCCAAACUUUGUUGGUGCUGCGCAGGCAAUGGCCAUGGUGGCGGAAGAAAGGCAGAAACAAAAGGAACAAGAAAAACACGUUAAAAGGGAAGAAUCCACACGUCCAGCUCAUCACGAAGAUGGGUCAAAGAUAGCCAAAGCGGCCGCAUCUGCCGCUGUUGCUCAUCAACCAAAUGGAAAUGUUUUGCUUGAAAAAGAGCCAAAGGAAAAGCACCACCACAGGUCUGAAUCGACAAUACUGAGCGAACUGAAAGACACUGAAAAUGCUACUCCAGCUCCUACUGAUUCUAAACCAGAGAAGGAAAAUUUCCUCAAUUAUUUCUUUGGCAAGAAAGAAGAAGCACCACAUAAGGAGACAAGUAUGACACCUUUUAGCUACCCAACUGAGACUGAAAGCAGUGAAUUGCAGUUUCAUGUGGAGCCGCAAGUUUCACUUCAAACACAAAUAGAGCAAUUCCAUCUCAAUGAAGAGCAACUGUCGGAAAGAGAGCAACUUGAGUGUGAAUUGAUCCGUAGAUUAAUUGCCUCUUAUUUUUCAAUUGUUAGGGAAACUAUCAGAGACCAAGUUCCGAAGGCAAUUAUGUGUUUACUUGUCAAUUUCACUAAAGACACCGUUCAAAAUCAAUUGGUCCAGAAGUUGUAUAAAGAGUCCCUAUUUGAUGAUUUGUUGUAUGAAGAUGAAACUCUAAUUCAAGAAAGAGAAAAAUGUGAAAAGCUUCUAGAAAGUUACAAGGAAGCUGCUAAAGUCAUCAGCGAAGUCAUGUGA